AUGAGCGUGGUGGGGCUCGACCUCGGCAAUGAGAGCUGCAUCGUGGCGGUCGCGCGGCAGCGCGGCAUCGACGUGGUCCUCAACGAGGAGUCCAAGCGCGAGACACCGGCCAUCGUCUGCUUCGGGGACAAGCAGCGGUUCAUCGGCACCGCCGGCGCCGCGUCCUCCACCAUGAACCCCAAAAACUCCAUCUCUCAGAUCAAACGCCUGCUCGGCCGCAAGUUCUCCGACCCCGAGCUGCAGAGCGAUCUCGCCUCCUUCCCGUUCCGUGUCACGGAGGGCCCCGAUGGUUUUCCCCUGGUCCAUGCACGGUACCUGGGCGAGGAGCGGACGUUCACCCCCACCCAGCUGCUUGCCAUGGUUCUGUCCAAUUUGAAGGGCAUUGCUGAGGGUAACCUGAAUGCCGCAGUUGUUGAUUGUUGCAUUGGUAUCCCGGUCUACUUCACAGAUCUGCAGCGCAGGGCUGUUCUUGAUGCUGCUACUAUUGCGGGUCUCCGGCCAUUGCGAUUGUUCCAUGAGACGACAGCCACUGCCCUGGCAUAUGGUAUUUAUAAGACUGAUCUCCCAGAGAAUGACCAGUUGAACGUUGCAUUUGUUGAUGUCGGUCAUGCAAGCAUGCAGGUCAGUGUUGUUGGUUACAAGAAAGGACAGCUCAAGAUGUUGUCGCAUACGUAUGACCGGUCUCUUGGCGGGAGGGACUUUGAUGAGGCCCUGUUUAAGCACUUUGCAGCAAAAUUUAAAGAGGAAUAUAAGAUUGAUGUGUACCAGAAUGCGCGUGCAUGCAUUAGGUUGCGCGUGGCAUGUGAGAAACUUAAGAAGAUGCUGAGCGCCAACCCAGAGGCCCCACUGAACAUUGAGUGCUUGAUGGAUGAGAAGGAUGUGCGGGGUUUUAUUAAGAGGGAGGAGUUCGAACAGAUCAGUGCCUCUGUGCUGGAACGCGUGAAAGGGCCACUGGAGAAGGCCUUGGCUGAAGCUGGGUUGACUACUGAAAAUGUGCACUUUGUUGAGGUUGUCGGAUCUGGUUCUCGUGUUCCGGCUAUAAUCAAGAUAAUUACUGAAUUUUUUGGGAAGGAGCCAAGACGGACCAUGAAUGCAAGUGAGUGUGUUGCGCGAGGAUGCGCUCUUCAGUGUGCUAUUCUCAGCCCCACUUUCAAAGUGCGAGAAUUCCAGGUUAAUGAUGGGUUUCCUUUCUCAAUUGCAUUGUCAUGGAAUGGAGACUCCCAGAAUACACCCCAACAAACCCUUGUAUUCCCAAAGGGGAAUGCAAUUCCUAGCACUAAAGCUCUUACCUUCUUUAAAUCCAGUACAUUUGAAGUUGAUGUUUUGUAUGUCGACCCAGACGACUCACAAGUUUCACAAAAAAUAAGCACUUACACAAUUGGCCCUUUCCAAACCUCCAAAGGAGAGAAGGCCAAACUGAAAGUGAAAGUGCGUCUCAACAUCCAUGGGACUGUUACAGUUGAUUCGGCAAUGAUGCUGGAGGAGGAUGUGGAAGUUCCAGUCUCAUCUGCAAAUGAAGCUCCAAAGGAUACUAUGAAGAUGGACACAGAUGAUGCGCCAAGUGAUCCUGCUGCUGGAUCUGAUGUGAAUAUGCAGGAGCCUAAAAGUGCUGAUACCACUGAGGCUGCUCCUGCAGCUGAAAAUGGAGCACAAGAUACUGAGGAAAAAUCUGUUCCGAUGGAAACCGAUGCAAAGGUUGAGCCGUCAAAAAAGAAAGUUAAGAAAACUACUGUUCCGGUCCAUGAGUUGGUCUAUGGGGCCUUGGCUGCAGCUGACCUGCAGAAGGCUGUAGAGAGAGAGUAUGAGAUGUCUCUUCAAGACAGAGUAAUGGAAGAAACAAAGGAGAAGAAGAAUGCUGUUGAAGCUUAUGUGUAUGACAUGCGUAACAAGCUAUAUGACAAGUACAGUGAUUUUGUCACACCUGAGGACAAGGAAGGUUUGAUUGCUAAGCUUCAGGAGGUUGAAGACUGGCUCUAUGAAGAUGGCGAGGAUGAGACCAAGGGAGUUUAUAUUGCUAAACUAGAAGAACUUAAAAAGGUUGGUGAUCCUAUUGAGGUGCGCUUCAAAGAAUGGGAGAUUAGAAGUUCUGCUGUUAGCCAACUGGUAUACUGCAUCAAUAGCUUCAGAGAAGCUGCACUGUCUAAUGACCAGAAGUUUGAACACAUAGACAUGUCAGAAAAGCAAAAGGUCAUUAACGAGUGUUCAGAAGCAGAGAUUUGGCUAAUAGAGAAAAAGCAGCAGCAGGAUGCUCUGCCAAAGCAUGCUAAUCCGGUCCUUCUUGCUGCUGACCUUAAGAAGAAAGCUGAAACACUCGACAGGUUCUGCAAGCCGAUUAUGACGAAAGUGAAGCCAGCCCCUAAGCCACAGACUCCGCCUCCGGCAGAAACCACCCAGGCUCCUGAGCCUCAGACACCGGAGGAGCAGCAAUCAAAUGGCGAAAGCACAGCCAGUGAGGGAGCUGCAGAGGAGCCUCCAGCCGAGCAGAUGGACACAGACAAACCUGAGGGAGCCACAGAUCCCUCGGCCUAG